GGGCGAGAGCUAGGGCCUGGAUAUGUGUGUCCCCCUGUGACCGGGCCUUCCUCUACAUCCCCCAGUGUGCAGGUGGAGCUGUGCUUUGCUUACAACCAGAGUGCCGGGAACCCCAACUACAGGCGAAACAUCACCCUGGCCUACACCCUGGAGGCCGACCAUGACCGCCGCCCACCCCGGCUCCGCUUCGCCCGCAGCCAGUCCGCUGUCCUCCACGGCUUCUUCUCCAUGCCUGAGACAAGCUGCCAGAAGCUGGAGCUGCUCCUGAUGGACAACGUCCGUGACAAACUCCGCCCCAUCAUCAUCUCCAUGAACUACUCUUUACCUUCGCGGAUGCCCGAUCGCCCCCGACUGGGGCUGCGGUCCCUGGACGCCUACCCGGUCCUCAACCAGGCGCAGGCUCAGGAGAACCACACUGAGGUCCAGUUCCAGAAGGAAUGCGGGUCGGACAACCAGUGCCACAGCAACUUGCAGAUGCGGGCGGCCUUCGUGUCGGAGCACCUGCAGAGGCUGACCAGACUCCAGUACAGCAGAGACGUCCGGAAGCUUCUCCUGAGCAUCAACGUGACCAACGCCCGGACCUCUGUGCGGGCCGGGGAAGACGCCCACGAGGCGCUGCUCACCCUGGCAAUGCCCUCCAGCCUGCUAUUUUCCUUCGUGCGCCCUUCUGGGGCCUGCCAUGCUAAUGAGAGCGAAAUCCUCUGUGAGCUGGGGAACCCCUUCAAACAGAACCAGAGGAUGGAGCUGCUCAUCGCCUUCGAGGUCGCCGGGGUGACCCUGCACACAAGGGACCUUCAGGUGCAGCUGCAGCUCUCCACGUCAAGUCACCAGGAUGACCUACUGCCCGUGACUCUGACUCUGCUGGUGGACUACACACUCCAAACCUCGCUCAGCAUCAUGAAUCACCGGCUGCAAAGCUUCUUUGGAGGAACAGUGAUGGGCGAGGCUGGCAUGAAAAGUGUGGAGGAUGUGGGAAGCCCCCUCGAGUAUGAGUUCCAGGUGAACCCAACGGGGGAUGGGCUGGCGACCUUGGGGACCCUGGUCCUAGGUCUUGAGUGGCCCUAUGAGGUUGCCAAUGGCAAGUGGCUGCUGUACCCCACGGAGAUCACCAUCCACGGCAAUGGGUCCUGGCCCUGCCGGCCACCUGGAGAACUUGUCAACCCUCUCAACCUCACUUUCUCUGAUCCUGGGGACAGACCACCAUCUCCACAGCGCAGGCGGCGACAGCUGGACCCAGGGGGAGGCCAGGGAGGCCAGGGUCCCCCGCCUAUCACUCUGGCUGCUGCCAAAAAAGCCAAGUCUGAGACUGUGCUGACCUGCACCAAUGGCCGCGCCCGCUGUGUGUGGCUAGAGUGCCCCAUUCCUGAUUCCCCCGUCGUCACCAACAUGACCGUGAAGGCACGGGUGUGGAACAGCACCUUCAUCGAGGAUUAUAGAGACUUUGACCGAGUCAGGGUAAAUGCCUGGGCUACCCUGUUUCUCCGAACCAACAUCCCCACCAUCAACAUGGAGAAUCAGAGCACAUGGGUAAUGACUACGCUGCAGCUGAAGGAGGAGUUCCUGGAUGGAGAGGAUUAUAAUUUCCUCCAGGGAGCGUCUGAUCAGGAAAGCAAUGGCUCUGCCAAUUUCUACAUCAAACAAGAGCCAUGA